AUGACGACAGACGAACGCAUCUACCCCUCGGGUAAAACGCACUACUCCGGCACGAACCGCGUCCCGACCAUCCGCGAGUUCUUGGACCGGCUGGAUAGGCUCAAGCCGGCGAGGGAUGCGCAGUUGGAGGAAGAGCAGGUCGAGGGGGAGAAAGCCCAAGCUCAGGGUCAGGCUCAGGCUCAGCAACACCAUCAAAAACAUCCAGAACACCAGGAGCAGAGGGAAUGGUUACCUGAAACAGAGGGAGAGGUAUUUGUGAAGGAAGAUAAAGGGAAAGGGAAGGGGAAGGGGAAGGAGGGGAAGGAGAAGGAAAAGGAGAAAGAGGUGAUAGGAGGGGGAGAGGAGGAACAGAAAGAACAUACUAUAGGGGUUCAAACCCAUACCCAAGGGCAAGGAAGAGAGGAUGGAUACGAUUGGAUCCAUCGCGCCCCUUCUUCUGCCUCGCAGAUAAAACAGAAGCUUGUUGGGGGAAAGAGCAAAGCAAAUCAACAUGGGGAAUCCGGGUCGAAAGAAGAUGUAACCCCCAUUCCCCCCGUUCGACCCCCAUCUGACCCCAACAAGCCUGGCAAGAAUCGACGUAUUGUACGAGAUCCGGUCACCAGGCAGGAUGUUGAAAUCGCAGACGUAACGGGGAGGGAGAUGAGGCAGGCUGAUGAACCCAAGAUAACCGUCCCCCUCCACGCCUUGAACCCUUCUUCGUCUCCAUCCCUUGUCGAUGACGACGACGACGACGACGACGACGAAACCCAAUUCCUCUACCAAAUUAUCUCUCCCUCGCAACCCCAACCCCCUUCAAAGACCUCCUUCCCUUCGACCACCACGACAGAGAUCCCCCUCCACCACACGCCCCCAACAAACGUCCUCUUCCACCCGACGCCCACAAUCACCUUCUCCACGCGGGAAUUCGAAAGCCUCACCCGUCGUUCUACUGCUCUCUGUCUCAUCACGUUCCUCUCCCUAACGAUUUUAUCCAUUACCUCUUCCCGUCCCUUUGCACACCUCCUCCUCGCCGUCCUCAUAACCUCUUUAAUCUACUUUUUUACGAAGAACGUGAUAAAACGUGGCCUCCAAGGCGAAUGGCACGCCGAAGCGCGCCGCGGGCGCACGGCACUCCUGUCCCACGUACCCGAGUCCGCAGAAUGGCUCAAUGCGCUCCUAAAAACCGUCUGGACGACGCUCGACGCGGAGAGAGUCUUUUCCGGCGUGGGGGACACCCUCGAGGACGUGAUGCAAGCCAGCGUGCCGCGGGUGGUGGAGCACGUCAAGGUGAAGGAUCUUUCGCAGGGAAAGGAGCCCAUCCGCGUCGUAAGCAUCCGGGCCUUGGCGAACGGCGAGGUGGGGGAGUUGAAGAAGACAAGACAAAAAGAAGUGCGGGAUCCGGAGGAGGUGAAAGCGGAAGAAGAAGGGGGAGGGUUUUAUAACCUCGAGAUGACGGUUGCGUAUCACGCAAGGGAGACGACUAGCACGUCAGGCGGAUGGGAGGGCAAAGUGCGCGAGAACGUCGGCAUGCAAAUCGUCUUCUACCUCGGCGUCAAAGGCCUCUUUGGCGUGCCAGUACCAAUAUGGGUUGAGCUGCGGCGGCUGGUGGCCACGCUCCGCUUGCGGGUUGCCCUCGCCCCCUGCCCGCCGUUCGUGAGGACGGUUAGUUUCACGCUGAUGGGACAGCCGAAGGUCGAAGCGAGCUGUGUGCCGUUGGUGAGGCAGGGCACGAAUAUCCUGGAGCUGCCCCUCGUGGCAGAGUUUGUGAACUGGGCGAUUGCUACCGCAGCGGACAUGUAUGUUGCGCCGAGGUCGAUGACGAUUGAUGUGGGGAAGUUGUUGCAGGGGGAUGAUAUCAAGAAGGAUACGAAUGCGUUGGGCGUGUUGUAUGUAAGGAUUCGCAAGGCGACGGGGUUGAGUAAGCAGGACCGGAGGGGGAGCAAGGGGGGCGGAUCGGAUCCGUACGUGGUGGUGAGCUUUUCAAAGUUUAGCAAGCCGCUCUAUUGCACUAGAGUCAUCGAAGACGACCUGAACCCCAUCUUUGAAGAGAGCUGCGGGUUGACUGUCACCGCCGAGGUGAUCAAGGCCGACGAACAGCUCUCCAUGGAGCUCUGGGACAGCGACCGGUCCUCCGCCGACGAUCUCGUCGGCAAGGUGGAAGUCAGCAUCCAGGAGCUGAUGCAGCAGCCCGGCAAGAUGAUCCAGCACGUUUCCAAGCUCCGCGGCAUCAAAGCAGGCAGCACCAUGCCUGGCUUACUGCACUGGGAGGUGGGCUACUUCACGAAAGCGCCCUUCCGUCGCGCCAUGCGCACCAACGGCCUCGACCCGACGCUCCCUGAAGAACUGCGCUCCAAGCCCGAGCUGCAAGACGAGCACGGCAGCAUUGACGACGAAGAAGAGGACGCCGUGGUGCACACCCCGCCCGAUCCCCUCUGGCGGAGCGGCGUGCUCAGCGUGGUCGUGCACCGCAUCGUGGGGCUGGAAUUCGAGAACGUGAAGGGCUCGCACUGGAGCUGGCGGCGCAGGCACGAGGAAGACUACGACCCCGCCCGUCCCGAAGCAGGCGAGGCGAAGGAAGAGCAGAGCGGUCGACUCCCAAAUGCGUACUGCACGAUCCUGAUCAACGACGAGCUGGUGUACAAGACGCGCGUGAAGGCUGUUUCGUCGCGACCCAUUUUCGAGGCCGGCACGGAGCGGUUUGUGAGGGACUGGCGGUGCUGUAUCGUGACCGUGACGGUGCGCGAUGCGCGUAACAGGCAGCACGAUCCCAUCAUUGGCGUCGUGUCCAUGCGCCUGGGCGAUGUACUCCGUACCAGCAGCCAGAGCACACGGUGGUACCCUCUCGACGGGGGCAUCGGCUUCGGGAGGGUGCGGAUUAGCCUUCUCUUCCGCUCCAUCGCGAUCCGCCUACCCCCAAGCCAAAUCGGCUUCGGCGAGGUCGGCACAUGGGAGUUCCUCUGCGACAGCAUCACCACGACCGACUACGCCCCCAGCGAGCGGACGAAACUGAAGCUUCGCACUGGCGGCAGCUCGGCAACCAUUCCCUCCUCGUCCUGCUCCCGCCGGGAGGGAGACCCCCCCAUCUCAGGCCUAUCCUGGUCCCUCAACCCCCCCAGCAUAAUCCGCCUACCCAUCCGCGCCCGCUACCGUUCCCCCAUUGUGUUCGCCUUCCACCCCCCCGGCAAACGCCACAGGACGGAUGUCUACGCGACCCUUUGGCUGUGUGACAUCCCCGAUUGGGAGGAACGAGAAAUCACUCUCCCCAUCUGGCGAUGCAGCAACGCCAAGCGCCUGACGCAGAACUACAUCACCGAGUCCAACCUCUCCACUGUCCCCGAUUUGGAAGUGACCGAAGUAGGGCGGGUGCACUUCAAAGGACGAUUCAAGCCGGGCACGGACAGGGAUCACAUCCGCUUUGUGAGGGACAACGACUCGCGGGAGACGAUCGAGACGUGGGAGGCAUGUUUUGCCGAGGGUGUUAGGGGAGAGGAGGUUGAGGGCGAGGUGCCCGGGCUGGUGAGGGAGUUGUAUGAGGAGAGUCUGGUGCAGGGUAGGGAUGUGUUGGCUUUGGCGGGGGAGGGGGAGAGGAGGCGAUGGUUUGGGCGGAGGGAGGGUGACGAAGAGGGGAGCGACUCAAGUGAGGGGGAGACUGGUGAAGGUGAUGAUGAAGACGGGAGUGAGGGCAGUCAUGAAAAGAAAUACACGUGCAGUGCGGAGAGUAGUACUGGGCCUAUCGCGGCGUAUAAGGCGUAUAAGGAGCGGAGCAGGGAUUUGAAUCGCAGGCAUCGGGGGUUGAUGCAAUGGAAGGCGAUGCGCAACAUACAGUUCGCCAAGGACGAGGCUGUUUUUGCGGCCAAGAAGUUGAUGAAGGUCGGCAGCCUGAGUGGGAGAAAGCCUGAUGUCGAGACGGAGGUUCAGAAGGCGCUUGACAACAUCGUCAAGCGACUCUGA